AUGGCCUCAACCUUCCGCCUGCCAUCCCGACUGUCUAGGCAAUUCUUUCCUGGCGUCCCUUGUUUCAACGUCCUGCAUCACCAGGCCAAGGUACUUCCUGAAAAAAUAGUCGAGUUGACCCUGGCGCAUCUCCUUCUUGCUCUUGAUUACCUUCAUACAGAGGCUGGAAUCGUCCAUACGGAUAUACAAGAAAAGAACAUCAUGAUGGCUAUUGAGGACACUUCGAUCUUAGCCGAUUUCGAAGAGGAAGAGAAAUCCAGUCCUAGCCCGCGGAAAAUCGUUGGGGAUCGGGUGAUCUACGCUUCUCGAAAGCUCAGGAAAACCAAGCAACAUGGCCGUCCUAUGCUGUGUGAUUUUGGCCAGGCUCGCUAUGGGUCAAAUACUUACUCUGGGGAUAUCCAGCCCUAUAUUUACCGGGCUCCCGAGGUGCUCUUGCGAAUGCCUUGGAAUGAAAAAGUUGAUAUCUGGAAUGUCGGAGUGCUGACAUGGGAUCUCUUCCAACAAGGACAUCUGUUCUACGCUCGAGAUUCAGAAAAGAAAAGUUCUGAUGGUCAUCAUCUCGCCGAAAUGAUUGCCAUUAUGGGGCCACCACCGAAAGAAAUGAUGCAGAGCAGUGUCUAUGCGACCGAAUUCUUCGACGGCGAAGGGAAUUGGAAGGGAACCAUUGAAAUCCCUCCUAUAUCGUUGGAGAAGCUUGAAGGAAAUUUGGAGGGUGAACCGCAGCAGCUGUUCAUCCAAUUCCUGCGCAAGAUGCUCAGAUGGAAGCCCGAGGAGAGAGAAUCGGCAAGGGAGCUAUUGGACGAUCCUUGGUUACGGUCACCUUAA